AUGAAUGAGCAGGCCCCUACUAAUAUAGAGGAGGAUAAUAGGGUUGACUAUGGAUUUGACCAGUUCAAUGAGUUUGAUGGUGCAUUUUACAACAAUGAUCCUAUAGUAGAUUUGAACGAGGAUGGUGAUGCGGAGUUGGAAGUUCAUGAACCUAUAGAAGUACCUUCUUUAAGUAGCAGCCGCCCAGGUCCUCCUGGUAGUACUGUACCAUCUGAUUUUGAAGUUUGUACAAAAUUCAAACCUAUUGUGUGGACAAGGGAAGACAUAGAGGAAAAUAAUGUUUAUACAACUUCUUUUACUGGUACACAUUCAGGGGAAAUAUAUGUUGGCAAGCUGUAUACAAAUAAGACUGAAUUGAAAAAUGUGGUUGGAAGGUUUGCAUUGAAAAUGAAUUUUGAGUUCAUGGUGAAGAAGUCUGGGACCGAUGUUUUUUAUGCAACUUGCAGGGGUUCAGAUUGCAAAUGGAGAGUGAGGGGGAGGAAGAGGGCACGUUGUGACAUGUUUGAGGUUACUGUAUUCCACAACGAACACACAUGUAGCCUGGAUUCUAUACAUGCUGAUAACCGUCAAGCAGCACCGUGGGCUGUUGGCCACCUCAUUAAGAACAAGUUCAAAUCAGAUGGAACUAAGUACAAAGCUAAAGACAUACAAAGGGAUAUGUUUCAGGAGUAUGGGAUCAAGAUGAGCUAUGAGAAGGCUUGGAGGUGCCGAGAGAAGGGACUUAUGUAUUCGAGGGGUACGCCAGCAGCAGCUUAUAGUCAGUUACCUGGUUACUUUUACGUGCUGGAACAGAAGAAUCCAGGUACUAUUACAGACAUUAUCACAGAGGAUAACAGGUUCAAGUACUGUUUCUGGUCACUGGCUGCUUGUAGGAGGGGAUUUAAGUUUUGUCGUCCUGUGAUUAGUAUCGACGGCACGUUCUUGAAGACAAGGUUUGGGGGCACAAUACUAGUUGCUGUAGCGUACGAUGCAAAUAACCAACUGUUUCCGAUUGCCUUUGCAAUUGUUGACAGCGAGAAUCAUGACUCUUGGAAGUAUUUCUUGCAGAAGUUAAAGGAAGCGAUUGGGGAGGUUGAAAACUUAGUGUUUGUAUCGGAUAGGCAUCAAAGCAUUGAACAUGCUGUCGAGGUUAUUUUCCCCGAAGCAUGCCAUUGUGCAUGCUACAAAUAUAUUUCUAUAGCAUUGAAAACCAUGACGAACAUGGAAAAUACCAGUUUGAUUAAUCCAAGUUUAACUAUUCAUCUCAUUUGA